CGUUUUGAGUGGCAGCCUGUUUAAACUGGCCGAAUCAAAGCGACCCUUAAAGCCAAGGCGAAAAGAGAGGAAGAAAGUAAUGGCACAGAAUCUCUCAGAUGGUGAUAUAAAACUCUUGGUUAAUGUUGUUAGAGCGUUUGAGCUUCCUGUUAGGAAGUCUGCUGGGAGCAAACUUCAGCAGCCAUCUAAAUCAUCGUGGGCUUACAAUGAGAUGUUUGUUGCUCCUGCAACUCCACACAGCCCCAACCACAGUAUGGACUGGACAUUUAGCCAGGUUUCAGUUCGGCCUUUUGUGGAGGUUUCUUUCCAGCGAACAGUUUGUCGGACGACCACCGCAGAAGGGUCAAAUCCAAACUGGAGUGAAGAAUUGGAACUUCCAUUUAGAGCUCCUAACAGUGACUAUAGCAUCUCUAGUCUGCAGUCAGUGAAGGAUGACAUCUUCAUUAACAUCUUUGAUGAAGUACUUUAUGAUAUCUUAGAGGAUGACCGUGAAAGAGAAGUUGGUGGAGUCCAUACCUGUAUGGAAAAGCGUUGGCUUGGAUUGGUUCGGAUACCAUUUACAACAGUAUAUUUUCAAGGAAGAAUUGAUGGCACAUUUAAGAUUGAUACUCCUCCUGUUCUUCUUGGCUAUAGCAAAGGGAAAAAUGUGGAAAACGACAGAAAAUAUGAUUCCAUACAGCAACUCAGUGAUGGUUCCUACCUUUCAUUGUUCAUUACAAUUGAACCUCAACUCAUUCCUGGAGAAUCAAUUCAAGAAAGG